AUUUUAUAGCAGUAGGCAGUAGCCGACCUGACUCAUCAAUCCGCCUUUAUCCAUAAAAAACACAGAACACUUCAACCCUUUCUCCUUUAUCCAUAAAAACACUGGCAGAGUUAGAGAUCCAAUCGGAUUCAGAUCGCUUGAUCGGAUCCAAGUCGAGACGCAGUUGAGAGCCAUACCAACCCUCAACCGCCAAACCGGAAAUUGCACGCUCAUUAAGGCUUCUUGGUUUAGUCAAUGGUCUCUCUUUCCUACCCUCGAACUCCCCGCCCUCGAUUCUUCCGCCUAUUGUCUGACCUUUCUCAAACCUUCUGCUACAGCUGAUUUCUAAUAAUUUUGAGCUCCUUUUAGGAUUUCAGUUCUCAACUUGGGGAACUUGAAAAUGGCGUCUUCGUUUCACUCUCCAGUUACAUUACCUGCAACAAAUGCUUCGGAUCUUUUCCAAAGUUCGAGAAAUGGUGUUAAUGGUGUUCCUUUGAAAGCCCUGGGUAAGUUGCGGUUUGGGUUUGUGAAGAAGGAUUUUACUGUCAAUGCGAAGAUUAGGAAGGUGAAGAAGCAUGAUCGUCCAUGGCCAGAUGAUCCAGAUCCUAAUGUCAAAGGUGGGGUACUUACUCAUCUUUCACAUUUCAAGCCUUCCAAAGAGAGACCCAAGCCAGUUACGUUGGAGUUUGAGAAACCGCUUGUGGAUCUGGAGAAGAAGAUCAUUGAUGUGCGAAAAAUGGCGAAUGAAACUGGUCUGGACUUCAGUGAUCAGAUUCUCUCAUUGGAGAAUAAGUACCAAAAGGCGCUGAAGGACUUAUACACACAUCUGACCCCGAUACAACGUGUGAAUAUUGCUCGUCAUCCGAACAGGCCAACUUUUCUUGACCAUGUGUUUAACAUGACUGACAAGUGGGUUGAACUUCAUGGAGAUCGAGCAGGUUAUGAUGAUCCUGCUGUUGUUACUGGUAUUGGAACCAUAGAUGGUAGAAGCUAUAUGUUCAUGGGACACCAGAAAGGAAGGAAUACUAAAGAAAACAUUAAGCGCAACUUUGGAAUGCCUACUCCACACGGUUACCGGAAGGCUUUACGUAUGAUGUAUUACGCUGAUCACCACGGAUUCCCUAUUAUCACUUUCAUUGACACACCGGGGGCAUUUGCUGACCUUAAAUCGGAGGAACUAGGCCAAGGUGAAGCUAUAGCCCACAAUUUGAGGACCAUGUUCGGUCUGAAGGUUCCAAUUGUCUCUGUUGUUAUUGGAGAAGGUGGUUCUGGUGGUGCUUUGGCCAUAGGCUGUGCGAAUAAAUUACUAAUGCUUGAAAAUGCAGUUUUCUAUGUUGCCAGCCCUGAAGCUUGUGCGGCGAUCUUGUGGAAGAGUGCCAAAGCUUCUCCAAAGGCUGCGGAGAAGCUGAGGAUAACUUCUACCGAGUUGUGCAAGCUGAAAAUUGCAGAUGGCGUCAUUCCAGUAAUUAUUCUCCAGUUUUUUUAUUUUUUUAUUGUGAUGCAUUUUCUUAUUUAUUCAUUAAUAGGUAGGUAAAGGAUUUAAUUAGUA